ACCAAAUUCACGGGAGGUGAUAGAAGUGCGAUGCUUGCGUUUAAGAAGGUCCAGGGCUGACCAAGGUCUGGAUCCGCAAAGGAGCGCGCGAAGAUUCAGAGUUAAGAUAUACAAAUUAAAAAUGCCGUUUUUGGGGAAAAUUGUUGUUAUUAGGAGAAAUGGGACUGAUGGAACUCAUUUUCCGCUCACUGCAAACUCUUGUUUGUUUGGAAGGAAAAAAGAAUGUGAUAUUCGAAUCCAGCUUCCUCAAGUUUCUAAAGAACAUUGUAAAAUUGAAGUCAAUGAAAAUAAAGAGGCAGUGCUGUUUAACUUGAGUUCGGCGAAUCCAACACAGUUAAAUGGGAAUCUCUUUCAAGAUCCCACACACUUAAAACAUGGAGAUAUACUGACAAUUAUUGAUCGUUCUUUCAGAUUUGAAUAUCCACCUUCAUCAUUUCCUCAGAAGAGACUUUCUAGAUCUCAAGAGAAGGAAACAUUACAGAUUCUUCAUGUUCAGCAUAUGCAACAGACGGACUUGCUGCACCCACAAAACUCAGAUUACAAAAGUUCUCCUAUUACUGGCAAGAAAUUUGAAAUUUGCUCUCCUAAAAGAAAUGAGAAAAGACUUCAAAAACAAUACAGCACAUCUGAAUUUAAGUACAAAAUGUACAGCACUGAGAAAGCAAAUGAAUUGUCUCCUUUUAGCAAACUUUAUGAAUUAAUGAAGCAUGAAGAUGGCACAGGCAAUGUAAAGGAAAAUACUGGUAAUGAGACCUUGCUGGAAGAUGUAUUUCACUCAAGAUCUAGGAGAUCUGCAAUGAGUCGAGCAAAGUUAACUAAAGCUGAACAAUCUGAAGACAGUAAAAUUCAAGGAAAGCAUGAUAUUGUAGCAAGUGCAAUGCCAACAUUUGAAGAGAAGAACUCUGAAAAAUCAUCAAGCACUCAAAAUUGUGAUAUACAACAGAAACGAGAAUGUGGAGGUACAAAUCAGUCAGAUUUUAAGAACAUAGAAGAUAAUGAACUGGGAAAGUAUGCACAUUUUAAAGCCAAUCAGCAGAGCGGACAGCAUUUCUCUGAAUCAUGUAUACUGUCAUUGGACUAUGCAGAAAAGGCCAAGUGCCUUAAUAAAGUUAACGUAACAGAUGCUUUCACAUCUGUAGAAAAUACUUUGCCCAAAACAAAGCCUAGCCAGGGGAGUACUCAAAAUUAUUCCACUCCAUGUUCUAGAAAGUCUCGAAGAUCUUCCAAGUCCAGAAGGACAGUGGUUGAAAUAGAUUCACUGAACAGAAUGAAGAGCUCUGGAGAAAUGAAAGAGUGCCCUGUACAAGUUUGUGGGCAGGAGCAUGAAUCUGAUAUUUUGAUUGAAAGUAUAUAUUCUAAAACAAAUGAAAAUAGAGAACUGGUCACAGAAACAGCGCUAAAUCUGAAAGAUUCAGAAGAUGGAAAUUCUAGUACUGUUUUCAGUUCACUUCAUCUUAAUACUGGUGAAAACUGCAAUAACAACAUUGAACUAAAAACUAUUUCAAAUGAAUUUUCUUAUACAGAGGCAAUAGAUAAAGAACCAAUAAUCCCUGCAGAUCUUUCCCAAACCAGUGAAAUAAUGGCAAAGGAGAUUCCUGAAAAAACCUUGGAAACAGAAUAUCCUACAAAUGAAAAUAAAAAACUAGGAACAGAAAACAAUGAGCAGAAUGUUAAUAUGAAAAAUGAUACACCUACUUUUUCCAGUUAUGAAAGCAGAGUUCUAACAUCAGCCACGGUUAAUGCUGUUGCUGAAAUGAAUGUGUUAUGUCUGCUUAAUAAAAAGUCAGAUGCUAAGAAAUCACCUCAAAAGCGUAGAGGUACAGAACUAGAUUUUCUAGUCCAAUCACUUGGAAAGAGGAAGAGAGUGUCUUUUGGUGGCCAACUCAGUCCAGAACUCUUUGAUAAGCGCUUACCUCCAAACUCGCCACUUAAAAAGGGGGCCAUUCCAGCAAGACUAAGUAUGCCAUUUGGAAACUCACCACGAGCAGUUCUGAAAAAAGCUGCAGAAUUAAGGCAGUCUGUAACACAGGGUUCCUUGGAGAGGAAGCAAUAUGAAAAUAUUGUGUCAAAGCAAGCUGACUCACAUAGUGUGCCCCAGAGGCAACAAUGUAUCGCUGAUCCUCAUGUUGCAAGUCAAUCUUCACAGGGUGAAGGAACCACUACACAAGAAAUGCAUAUGAAUAGCUUAUUCAGUGAAGUUAAAAAAACAGUAUCUAAUGACACUUCAUCAUUAAGAAGGAGCAAACCCUGUACUUUGAGGAGAAGUUCUAUACGUAGAAAAAGUGGAACUAUGGGUACUAUUCACUCCAAAAGACGAAGUGGUGCUUCUGAAGCCAACUUGAUGGUUGUGAAGUCUUGGGCAGAAGUAGUGAAACAAGGUGUUCCAAAAGCGCAACUGAAGUCUGCUUCAAAACAGGUGUUUAAAACAAGAUCAAUGAAGAGAGUGGCUUCAAAAUCAUCAAAGAAUAACAAUUUAUUAAAAACACCAAAAAGAAAAAUCAGCGGUCACUUCUCAACAGGACAUGCAAAUUCUCCUGCUUCAAUUGUGAUUGGAAAAGCACAUACUGGAAUUUUGAAUAUAACUGCACAAGUUCCUAAGGUGGUCAUCAAUUAUCCUUUGAAAAAACAUUGUGACCUAAAUGAAAGUUUUACAGGGUUGGCUGAAAUGUUCUGCAGUCCACCAAAUGGAAAACAGGAAAGUUUUGUACCAGAAACUCAGAUAUCAGAAAUAAAUGCAUCAGAAGAAUUUGAAAAAAAGUCUGUUUUGGAUUUUAAUACUUCAAGCCAAAAAAGAGCUUACAAUCAAGAUGUAAUAUCUCCAGCAUUGGAAGAAGUAUCACAAAUACCCAUUCAUGAUGAUUUAAUUGUAUCACUAAAUGAAAGAAAUAUAAUGGGAACAGAAGAAGAAAACCUGCAGCAAGAAUCAGAGCCAGUCAGACAGUCUUUGGAUAUCAAGAGGCUCUUGAAGACAACUAAGGAAAAAUCUGAAUCUGAUGAGAUGCUUUCAGGGGUCAAGAGGCUUUUGAGGACACCAAAGCGAAAGUCAGAGCCAGUGGAGGCGCUUUCAGCAGUCAAGAGGCUCUUGAGAACACCUAAGGAAAAAUCUGAAUCUGUUGAGGUGCUUUCAGGGGUCAAGAGGCUUUUGAGGACACCAAAGCAAAAGUCAGAGCCUGUUGAAGCACUUUCUGCAGUCAAGAGGCUCUUGAGAACACCUAAGGAAAAAUCUGAAUCUGUUGAGGUGCUUUCAGAGGUCAAGAGGCAUUUGAGGACACCAAAGCAAAAGUCAGAGCCAGUUGAAGCACUUUCAGCAGUCAAGAGGCUCUUGAAGACACCUAAGCAAAAGUCAGACCCAGCUGAGGCGCUUUCAGGGGUUAAGAGGCUAUUUAAAUCACCUAAGAAAAAAUUUGAACCUGUUGAAGACCUUUCAGGGAUAAAGAGGCUCUUAGAGACACCUGAGCAAAAAUCAGAACCUGUGGAGGUGUUUUCAGGAAUAAAGACAUUGAAAACAUCCAGACAGACUAUGGAGCCUCUUAAUGAUGAUAUCUAUACUAAAUCUAGGUUAUCUACUGAAGAAGUAUUAAAAGACAUGAUUGGAAGUGUUACCAAAAAUAAAACACAAAUUAUGGAAGAUACAAAUAUUAAUGGCAUUACUGAGGAAGUUAAGGAAACUGUGAAGUCAAUAGAAGAUAGAGGAAAUAUUCAAAUGAUAUCACCAAAGGAAAUACUUGAACCCAUAAAUAAUAUGGUUGGCAGCAGUCAGAUAUUGAAAGCAUCAAAAUCUAUGCCAACUGAUGACUACUUGGGAUUGCAGAAAUUUAUUAUUGAACCUAGAGAGAGUUCUAUAAUUCCUGAUAUAGAUUAUACAGGUGUCAAAGAGAUGUUGGACAUUGAAAAUGAUAAGGCUAAAAUGCCAGAAUCUAUGAAUUUUGUGGAAGAAAACGGAUCUUAUACCAGUUCCAGAAAUAAACUGGAAUCCAUGGAAAAUGUGCUUGGAAGUUGUGAAGCAAACCUGGAAAUUAAAAUUGAAAAAGAAUCUCAUUUUCCAGUAACAAAAAAUAAUAGUUGUGAAUUGAAAACAGAAUUCAACAAAAAAACCAGAACAACCUCUCUCUCUGAAAACUAUGAGCCAGAUGGAAUGAGUUUCAAAAAUGAAGCCAAAAUUGAUUUUGUAAAGGAAGCAGCUGCAAAUUCUGAUGCAUUAAAAACAGAAAAGCCUGAACCACUUUCUUUGUCUAGAACUAGGAAAAGGGAAAUAAAUAACUGCAGUUGUGCAGUAUAUACGAAGAUGAUUCACAGGCCUACAAAGAAUAGAUCAACAUCAGCUAAUUGUGAGCAAAUCAGUGAAAGUUUUGACAGCCACACAGAACUAAAUCCAUUGUACAAACCUGAAAACAAUUUUGCGACAAUUAAAACAACCAAAUUAUCUCAAAGAGGAAGACCAAAGAAGCAGUAUGUUGAAACAAAUGGGGAUAUAGGAUCUGACAACAUAAACCAUACUCAGGAGUUAGAAAAAUCUUUAAAGGAAGAAACAGUGAAAAAACAGCCUGUAAACAGGAGAAAAGUGGCAACUAAAAGAAAAGGAAAAACUGUAACAAGUAUGGAUUUGGAAGAAAAUGGACCAAUUCAAGAAAAUGAAAGUGAUUUAACUAUCAAAACAAGGCUAAGGUCUAGAAAUGUAAAAAAGUGUGCAAGUGACGUAAAGACAACACUUGCUAAAGGUAAAGCAAAUGAUACAAUAUCAGGGGAAGAAAGUAAUAAAAGAAAUAAAAGAAGAAAGAUUGCUGCAAUACCAUCAAGCCCAAAAACAUUAAUCACAACUUUGAAUGCAGACAAGAAAGGAAAGCAAAAAUGUACAAUAUCUAAAAUAUGUAAAACCAAAGCUUCAGAAAAUAAUCUAACAGCAAUGGAAGAAAAUUUAGCAGAGAAGGAAAAAAAAGUUCGUUUUUUACUUAAAGAUGAUUUUAAGGCUUUUGAAGAAAAACGUGCACUUGGAUACGAGAGUAAUAUUCAUAAAGAAGAAGAAAGUCAAACUGAAAACAUUUGUAAUGGGAUUCCAAAUGUUCCCUUGGAAAGCAUGCAAACUCCUGCAGAGCCCAGUCUAAAAGAAAAUCAGCCUAGAAGGGGCAGAGGGAGAAAGAAAGAUCAAGUGGUCCUCAAAUAUAUUCCUUUAGAAAAUAAUACUUCUGGAGAUUCAACAGUGAACAAAUACCCUUCCUUCCAAGGCAGAUGUUCUUUGCCACAAGUUCAAAAUGAAAAUUUUAAAGAAUCUGAAAUGUUGCCAUUAGAAAAUGUACAAAAUUGUGAAGGGCACAUCCUGCCAAAAAGGGUAGUAAAAGAAAAUCCACCCAGGAGAGGAAGAAGCAAGCAAGUCAAUGAACCAUCCGGUAAUAAAGAAGCUGAUGUCCAAGGUCCAAAUAUGGCCAUCAGACAAGAGGAUAAUCAGUCCAAAAGGACAAGAGGGAAGAGAAAUACUCAAGAAUCCUGUUUACUGAAGAGCCAAAAGACAGCGAAAGAGAAUCCACCCAGGCGAGGCAGACAUAAAAAAACUAUUUCUGGUGAUGUAUCUACAGAUUUUGACAAUACACAGAUAACCCCCAUAAUAGACGAAAAUAUAGAUGGCAAAAAUGCUUGUCUUGCAAAGGAGGAUCAAUCAAAAGUAGGUAGAAAAACAAGAAACACUGUUGUAUUUCCGAAAAUCUUUUUUCCUGUCAAAAACAACACUUGUCAUUUGCUGUCAUCAAACAGAGGGGAACAUUCAGAUGAACAACCAAAUGAAGAUGUGAGGACAGCAAAUAAUGUAAAUGAGAAUUUCACAUACAACUCUAGAAAAAGGAAAGCUGUUCAUGAAAUUUCAGCAAACUCAGUUUUUUCCAGUAAAAAAUCUGAAUUUAUUGAUAAUGACAUUCAACAAAAUGGAAAGAAAGAUUCAAAAGCUGUAUCAAAACAAAAUAUAUCCAGAAAUAAAAGAAAACUAUUAACAUCUUGUGGCAUGUCAGCAGAGAGUAACGCUGAACUAAGAAUUAACAGUAAAAAGAGUCCACUACUAACAGAUAAUGUUGGUCCUUUAGAAAAUAAUUUUGGAAAAAAGCGUCAAUCAAAGAAGCAAAGAGAAGAAACUAAUAUUGCAUCACUAGUUUCUCCCUCCCUGAAAGUGAGCAUCACUUUGUCACCAUUAUCUUCUGCUAAUAAAAAUCAAAGUGGAAACUGUGAAGAUUCUGUUGGAAAAAUGGAAUUAGCAAAACUUUCAGGUACAUACAAUAUGACACGCUCUCACAAGUACGUUAUUCCAAAAGAAAUGCUUGUUCAUGAAACCCAAAACAAAGAUUUGCAGAAAACAACUAUGGCAACUGUGAUCAAUCAAAGAAGAAGUAGAAGAAAAAUUAAUCAACUUGAGGCUGCUGUUUCUCCUUCCCUCAAAAAAAACAGUAUGUUAUCUGCGAGCAGUGAUAAUUUUCCUAAUGAACAAAUUCUAAAUAAUGUAUCAAAUAAAAAAGUUUCCUUAAUGGGCAAGGCACUGAAAUUUCUUGAAAUAAAAACCAUGACUCAAAACAUCAAUCAAAAUGAUUUGUCUAAUGACCAAAAUAAAAAUCUUAAACACUCAAAUAUGCUGGUGCAAAAGAGUUCAUCAGAACAUGCAAAAAGAAAACAAAUUAACAAUUCAGAAACAAUUACCACUGCUAACAUGGUGAAAAAAGUAAUUCCAGAAAAUAAAUCAACAGUAUCUAAAACAGUGCAAACAAGAGGUAAAAAAAAAAUGAAAGAAGAAAAUACCACUCUGAUGACUGAGUUGCCUAAAGAAACCGAAGGCAGGACAAGAGCAAGCAAAAGAAUAAGAAAAUAGUUUAUAAUAUUUGCUCUGAGUGUAUUUUUUUAAUCUGAAAAAUUACGACCUUAAAACUUUGAAGUUGAGAUGCUUCAACAUUCGCUUCAGCUUAACCCUUGACAUUGAUAAUAUCUGAUGCAAAUAUUUUGUAAAUAGCUUUUCAAAUUAUUUUUAAUAAAUUUUAAUAUUUCUUUAAAAUAUUAAAGGAUUAGGAAUUUAAAUUUUAACUGCUUUGAUUUGUAUUGUCUAGAAUUUUUAAAAUGCUAAUGUUACUGUACUUGCGUGUUUCAAAAUUAAAAACAUACU